AUGGCUAGAUUGUGGUUUAAACUGCUGAGACUACAAGCUCCCCUUUGCAGAUUGAGUAAACAAAUUUCAAACCUCCAUCAGACCAUUGCCCAAGCAAGGAAUGAAUUAUUACAAAACCAGGAAAGUCUCAUUAUGGAUCGUAUGAACACUGAGACUAUUGAGAAAGUUAAAACCUGUACUGAUAAUUUGAUCCAGCUUCAAGAAUUUCAGGACCAAAUGCUGAGACAGAGGACUAAGAUUAAUUGGCUUAGAGAAGGCGAUACGAAUUCAUCAUUCUUCUAUGCUUACCUCAAAUCCAGAACUACAACCACACAUAUCAGCUAG